AUGUCAGUUCGGGCCGAGUCACACGGCACGACGGACGGCAUUAUGCGUCGCGUACUUGCGUUCCUACUUUACGUCACGGUGUGCCAUGGCAAGGCGGAGUUCAGCGGGCGUGCUAGGAACUUCAGCAUAGAGCUGCUGCACUACACGGCGUUGGAGACGGACGGGCACGUGGUGAUAUCGCCGUUCGGCGUCUGGACGCUGAUGACUGGCGUCGCCCUCGGCGCGACGGGGCAAAGCUACGAGCAGUUGACCAAGGCGUUCUUGCUGCCCAAAAACAGGAACACGCUAAUCAAGGGCUACACAAAUCUCACCAAAGCGGUGCUGAACCCCAACACUUCGGCGGUAAGUCUCACCAGCAAGAACUUCGUGUUCCUCGACACCGGUUUCACGAUAUACGACGAGUUCAGACAGACGAUACAGGAUGAUUUCGGCGCGAUGAUCCAGACUCUAGACUUUAAGGACUCGAGCAAAGCGGCGGACGCGGCCAACAGUCUCAUACAGAAGUCCGGAGCGACCGUCUCAAACGUGCUGAGAUCCGACGACUUCACCGAGUCCAGGAUGAUACUGACGAACGCGAUAUCGUUCAAAGGCCUCUGGGCGUUGCCGUUCAACACGUCGGAGACCACUUUGGAACCGUUCUACGACGAGAACCACAAGGAGAUAGGGAAGCGUUGGAGCUUCCGUACGGGGACCGACGGGAAGUACUCCAUGCUCCUGCUACUGCCGUACCCCAAAGUGAGGGUCACCGAGAUGUACAAGAACUUCGAAGUGGUCAGCAUAAAGGAAAUAUUCGCGCAGCUCCAGAGCGACGUGGACGAGUACGGCUUGGAGGAGAUCGACGUCAGGCUGCCGCGCUUUCGAAUCAGCACCAACGUGGUGCUCAACAAGCCGCUGAGCCACAUGGAAGUGAAGGACAUAUUCCAGCCCCACCUCGCGAGCUUCGGCAGGGCCACCAAAGAGGAGAUAUUCGUCUCGGCGAUCAUACACAAGGCCGACAUCGAAGUGACGGAGUCGGGGACGGUGGCGUCCGCCAGCACAUCUGCCUUCCUGGCGGACAGGAUAGCGUCGCCCAACUUCCAAGCGAACCGGCCCUUCGUUUACUUCGUGAUGGAGAAGACCACCACGACGGUGAUAUUCGGCGGGAUAUACUCCAAGCCCACCAUAUUU